AUGGACUAUUUGACAUCAGUACGAAGAACAUUUCAUUGGCUUGCUGAUUCCGAAGGAUAUAGGUCUUCUCUGUUUUCAUUUAAUAUUUCAAAUGAGGCGUUUGGAGAAUUACCAUUGUCAAAGGAGAUGCCCUUGUUGUGUGACACGAUCGAGCAAGGCCUAACAGUGUUAGAUGGAAUGCUUAGUGUGAAUUUUGUUUGUGUCAAGGAGGAUACUAUUGUUUUUGAUCUGUGGGUAAUGAAAGAGUAUGGUAUCGAAGAAUCUUGGACUAAAUUAUUCACAAUGAGAGAUAGCAGGAAACGUUUUCAAGUGUUACCAAUCGCUCCAAAAUAUAUAUUUGCAGAUGGGCGAGUGUUGCUGAAUUCAGAUAAAACAGAUGUGCUUAGAACAUUCAAAGAAUCCGACAGAAGAAGCAAUCUCAUAGGGCCUCUAACUAGUGAUGAAGAUACCAUGAGAUGGGACGGAUAUACUUACACAGAGACACUCAUCUCUCCAAAAGAUUGUGUUCUUGCUUGGUACUAG